CUUUUCAAAAAAGAUCGUUAUUGGCGUUCUGAUGAUCUCUCCUAAUUGGCUUGGAGGAGGGGAAGAAGGGGUGGGCCUGGGGCCAGCCUGGAGGCGGCGUCAGAGGCCCCGGGGAGGAUGGAGUCCACGCCUUCUCCAGAAUGAGGAAGGAGGACCCAGCGGGCGCUGCGGGAGGCAGACUGCGGUCCGGGCCUUUCCUCUCAGGCAGCCCGCCCUCCCCGGGGGCACCCACCCUCAACCAGUUUGGCAGGGCCGGGCAGGCAGGUCUGGAGAUGGGCGGGGAGCCCUGAGCCUCCACACCUUCCCGGGCUCCUCCUCCUGCCCCCACCCGCCUGUGCCGGGCACUCAGGCCUCGCCGCUCAGGGCGCCCGGUGCCUGAGGCCGGGACGUCAGGGGUCCCUAGCGGUGACCCCCCAGAAGAGUGCGGGCUCCCCCCCACCCCAGCGGGCCACUGCCAAGAGCCCUCUCCAGGGCCGGCCGGGCGGGGUGCCCUCCCCGGGGGGCCGGGGCCAUGCGGCCUCGUGCCCGCUGAGACCCCUGCCAUGGCCCGCUCGCUGACCUGGCGCUGCUGCCCGUGGUGCCUGACGGAGGAGGAGAAGGCGGCCGCCCGCAUCGACCAGGAGAUCAACAGGAUCCUCCUGGAGCAGAAGAAACGGGACCGUGGGGAGCUAAAGCUGCUGCUGCUGGGGCCCGGCGAGAGCGGGAAGAGCACGUUCAUCAAGCAGAUGCGGAUCAUUCACGGGGCGGGCUACUCGGAGGACGACCGCAAGGGCUUCCGGCCCCUCGUCUACCAGAACAUCUUCGUCUCCAUGCGGGCCAUGAUCGAGGCCAUGGACCGGCUGCAGAUCCCUUUCAGCAGGCCUGAGAGCAGCCACUAUGCCAGUGUGGUCAUGAGCCAGGACCCCUACAAGGUGACCACUUUCGAGAAGCACUACGCCGUGGCCAUACAGUGGCUGUGGAGGGACGCCGGCAUCCGGGCCUGCUACGAGCGCCGCCGAGAGUUCCACCUGCUUGAUUCAGCUGUGUACUACCUGUCCCACCUGGAGCGCAUCACUGAGGAGGGCUACAUCCCCACGGCCCAGGACGUGCUCCGAAGCCGCAUGCCUACCACUGGCAUCAAUGAGUACUGCUUCUCCGUGCAGAAGACCAACCUGCGGAUCGUGGACGUCGGGGGCCAGAAGUCAGAACGCAAGAAGUGGAUCCACUGCUUCGAGAACGUGAUCGCCCUCAUCUACCUGGCCUCGCUGAGUGAAUACGACCAGUGUCUGGAGGAGAACAACCAGGAGAACCGAAUGAAGGAGAGCCUGGCCCUGUUUGGCACCAUACUGGAACUGCCCUGGUUCAAAAGCACAUCUGUCAUCCUCUUCCUCAACAAAACUGACAUCCUCGAGGAGAAGAUCCCCACCUCCCACCUGGCCACCUACUUCCCCAGUUUCCAGGGCCCGAAGCAGGACGCGGAAGCAGCCAAGAGGUUCAUCCUGGACAUGUACACCGGCAUGUACGCGGGCUGCGUGGACGGCGCCGACGGGAGCAGGAGGGGGCCACGCUCCCGGCGCCUCUUCAGCCACUACACGUGCGCCACGGACACGCAGAACAUCCGCAAGGUCUUCAAGGACGUGCGGGACUCGGUCCUGGCCCGGUACCUGGACGAGAUCAACCUGCUGUGACCCAGGCGCCGCUGCCCCCGGGCUCGCCCCGCGCGUGGCGGGCGCGACCUGCAGGCGGCCCGGGACUCGCGGAGCCCGGAUGCCCCCGUCGCGCAGCCCCAGGUGCGGGCGGCGAGUGGGUCGCGGGCCGAAGGCCGGUCGCCGCCUGCUCCUUUCCCGGCCCUCCCCAGGCCCUCCCUUGCCUCCGUUUACCUCCCCGGAGAGGGAGCACACGGGCCGCUUGGGACGGCAGGGUGGAGGCAGAGUGAGGGGGCCCUGCCCUGGGUAGGGUCUCCCCGGGGCGGAGGCCGGGGACCCCACGGAGGCGACGCGCCAGCCCGGUGAUGGGGGCGGGGAGGGGGGCGGCUUCGGUCCCAGGGACAGACUCUGGCGCCCCCUGGCGGACGGGAGGCGGCGCCUGCCAGUCUGAGUCCGGAGAGCGCGGGGACUUCCCUGUUCCCGGCGGGAAGAGCGACCCCGAAAACGCUGUCCCUUCCAGAGUCUGUGCCUCCAAGCGUGUCUCGCCCUGUUUACAGACCAGGGAGGCCUAGGCCCAAGCGCUUCCCCCACUUCCCAGUCUGGGGGUCCGGCGCUGAGUCUCACGACCUUUCUAUAUUUAUUCCCCCCCCCCCCCCCCCCCCCCACUGCAGGGCCCCUGCGAGACAUUAAAAACAGGACAGGCUGGA